AUCAAGAGAAUAAAGACUCAAACUCAACCAAUUAUUUUUAGUACUUCACAUCUAGUCUAUACUACUUAUAAUCUAUCUAUAGUAUCAUUUAUAGCUGAAACUGAAAACUGCACCCACCAUUCAAAAAUCCUUGGUCUUAGAGUGAAUUUCGGAUGCUGAGGUGGAUGCCCAUUUAGGCGGGAUUUUCCCCCCUUUUCCCCCUCUGUCGUCAUCGACUGCAACCGGCCGGCAUCACUCUUCCUCUUCCCUUCCGGCAUCAAAGUAUACUAUGAUUUCCUAUAAUCGCCUCUUUUGUCGACUGCAACCGGCCAUCGCUGCGUUCCGCUCUCUCCGUUCCGGCCAGUGAAUUUUGGUGCGGCUCUUCGUUUCUUCGUAGAGGGCGAGCGUAUCAUACGACAGCGUCGAGUUCCGCCGGCCGAAUUUGUGUAACCCACACGUUGGUUCGUCGAACAAUCUGUGAAAGGUUUGGUACAGAAUUGCGGCCUUCUCUGACUAUCCUCCGCCUAUUAAAACCAGGCACAACUAUUCUCAAUCACCCAUCGCAGUCUUCCCCUCAAAUUAGCGUCUCAUUCAACAUCACCGCCACUGAUUACUUAAUUAUCCAACGAACACCACCCAUCACCAAGUAAGCUCUCCCUGAUUCAUCCCAUUUGUCUCAUUCUUUUUGCUUAUAUUAGGUGUCUGUGCAUUAUGAAAUUGUUAAUUAGAAAUAUGCCCCCGACGAGAUUUUUUUUCUUCUGGAUUUGGAUUGCAAUUUGGUCGACUUUCUGCGUUUAGGGUUUGUACAAGCUGGAUAGCUUUCAAUCCGAGGAGCUUCUUCAUUAUUGGUAUUCCAAACCAUCUAAUUGGAUUCUGAAUCGGGGUUUGUUUGGGGUAUCUGUCAUCACUUUAGGGUUUGUUGUACUGAUCGAUUUCCUUCAUUGACAGUGAAUUGUGGUGGAAGCAAUAUCGUCGGCCUGCAUAGCUUCAGAACUCGACCACAUGUGCAGGGUCUAAUCCUUCAAUCACCUCACCGAGGAUUCAUGUUAGGAAGGCGUUGAUCAUUCAGUCGCUGCUUACAGUAAAUAUUGUGAACCGCCACAUCAAUGGUCUCCCUCUCAAAUUCAUUGUAGCAUUAAUUUGAUUACUGACAUUCUGGCCAUUAACAGCAGACGCCAAGUAAGGUUCCCCUUCGUUAUGCAUCUUCUUCUUGAUGUCCAUAUACAAAACGGGCUACGAGUAGUGGGUACGACAUAUUCGGUCUUUCUUGGUUCAUUAUAGGAUGAAAAGAUCACUUAUAGGUUGAAAAGACUUAGAUAUGAUACCAGUAUUGACCACUACAUUCCUGUCCUCACCGUGCAGAAGAUCUACAAGGGUCCACAAAGUUGUCACAACCAGCCAGCUCUCGAGCGGGUCGCUGAGACUAUUUCCACCAUGAGUGCUAACCAUUCUGAUUAUUCCUCAGUGAGUUUUACUUCCUUUCCUUGCUGAGGUAUGUUAUCCUUUUAUGCUUCACUUUGGAUUGUGUUUUGAUUCUUUUGGUAGGCUGUUUAUCGUGAGGAGUGCAGAGUCCAUUUUUCAUAAGAACAAAAUGAAGUCGUUCGCUGAGAUGUUAGAUUGAUGUGUAUGGUUUUUGAUUGGUUUCUCAUUUUUUUUGGUUAUGGCUGAUGUAUUCUGAAAGUUACAUAACAUCACUUUAGUGAGCUUCUAGGUUGAGGGCUUCUUUGAUUGCUGAUGAUAUGAAGGAGAUAAUUAUUCAGGUUAGUUCGUGAGAAAUAGAUUGGGAGUCUUGAUCAUAUUUGCAUGAAUAUUGUUCUUCAUUUUGGUCUUUUUUUAAUUAGAAUUUAUGUCUACUUGGAAAGUUCCCCUUAAUCAGUAGCUUAAGUCUUUACCCAUGAUUUAGUAGGACACACAUUAAGCUUGCCGAAUAUUGCAAUCUAGGUGAUGUGUCUGUCCCAACUACAAACAGUGAAGUAGGUAGGUAUCCCCAUAUACUUAUCGAGUAAUCCUACCAUAAGAAUUGAAUUUCCUUACUUUCUUUCCUUUUUGAAAACGAUAGGCAUAACAUUUUACACAUAUACAAUAGGUAUUAGAUUUCAUAGUGCCAUCACACAUGGCCCAGUCCAAAACCAUUUGAACAGCUUGCUGUAGUUGAAGUUUCUUUCUUUUGUUAUAUUCCUUUCUUCUAUUAUAAUAUAACAACCUGCUGUAGUGGAAGUACUCUCCCUUUCUUCUGCUGUACUUUGACCCACAGCUUGAGAAAGAAUGUGCCUACUAUGACUCCUCUCCGUAUACUUUCAACUCUCUAUCUUUAUGCGCUAUGUUUGUUUGUAAACCCACUUUACACUUGCUCUCCUUUAAUGAUACUCUAGAGUCUUGACUUGGUAAGCCUUUUAUUAUAAUCUUUUCUUGAAUACGGGCUCUAACAAUAGCAAUAAUACAACAAAAUGUCUCAAUCCUGCUUUUGUUCAUGCUAUAGCGAUUACAGAUGUUAAUAUUGUCGACAAUGUAGUAAAGAUAUUUGCAGUAUCUAGCAGAGUUCGUGUUUUCGAUGUGAUAGACAUUGAAUUAGAACUUGAUGCUGCUAUUAGGUCGAAAAGUUUGGUAAAGGUGAAGAGGAAGUCAGUUGAUUGCGAUGGUGCCCAGCUGUGUUUGGAAGUUUGAGAGGCAGGUGGAGAUGACGACAAUGCUUGGGAGAAGGAUGUAUGAAGUUUCGUUGAGUUUGACUGUUCUGUAAGUCUCCGUAGCUCCCCAUAUUUCCUUUUAUGUAGCUUUUGGUAUUUCAAUUGCAACUUCUCUUUGCUGGAGGACUAGAAGAAAGAACGAGGAGUCUCCUCUCAUCCAUGUCCAGUGAACGAGUCCUAUCUUAGUGAAGGAAAGCCCAGGUAUCAUAGAUUUCCUUUCUCUGCUUCACUUAUGUACUUCACUGAAUGUGACCAAUUUUUAGCCAAAUACCAAAUUGACCCCUUUGUGUUUAAAAGAGGUAUAGUGGCUCGGGUGGGACUUGGGAGUGGUCUCUUGCUGAGUUUUUUUCAACCUCAAAGCCAUUGCUCUUGGGUCCCAGUAGAAUAGACUGGGAAGGUUAAAAUUGCUAUGUUUAUUGCUUGAGAUUCUCGGUUAAGGAUUGUUGUUGGGGUUUAUGUUUUGCUUUUUUGUUAUGUCACAACUUAUCAACGACAAGUUCAGAAUCGAUGAGAGUCUCUUGACCAUUGUCGAUGCUAUCACUGGUUAGCUUUUGUGUCAAUCAUAUUUGCGUGCCAUUGUAUCCUGAAAUUAGGUUUGCCUUCGUCUUAGUGGUUGCUGAUGUUUUGUUAUAUUUCAACCACCUAGAAGACUGUUGAUAGGCUCUCGAACAAGGGUCGGAGAGGUGGAUAAGACUUUCUUUUAAUAUAUAUGCAAACCUUUAUGCUACUUAGUCUCCAUUUGAUUUCCAUGGACUAGCUAGUGAGGGAUCCCCGUGUCGGUCAAGUAUUUAAGUCAAGAUUUGAGCUUUAAGAGAAGAGAGUAACUUCUAAUCCCUCAAAGUUUAAGAGUUAAGAUUUUAAGAUUGGAAAUACAAACAACUUCCACUUGUCAAAGUUAAGUGUUUAAGUAAAGUACUCAAGUAUUAGAAUUAUUAAAACGUAAGGGCGUAGUCUGACCCCAUCUCACUCACUAGGACUUAGUAAAGGAAUAAGCGAGAACUAGAUCGAUAGUUGCAGCUAGAGGAGCAGUUAGUGAGCAGCAAGAUCGAGAAAGCUGUUCGAGGCAAGCCAGCUAGAGGACGAUAGUACAAGCGUCACUGGAGGUGCCAGAGAUCGAAUCCGAGCAGACAACAAAGUAGAGUUUUAGUUAUUGAUUUACAAUUAUGAAUAGUGACUGGAGAUUCAGAUUAAGAUUCUAUGGUUGAGGUUUGCCCAAGUGUUAGGGCUUUGUUUUAAGAGAUUUCAGUUCACUUUAGUAUUUGUUAUGGUUAUUUAUGGAAAGCUUCCAUUUUUUUACAAGUCUUUCGUUUCUUAUUUUGGUUUAUGAGUCAUCAAGGGCAUUUUGGUAAAAUUAGUACCCGGCCGGAUUAGGGUGUUUGAUUUUGGUAUCAGAGCCGGUCUUCCUUUGUUCCUUGGUUUCCAAAGAAUACUGGAAUGUUGGUGAUAAACCAUUAAUUACACAUGUAUAUACCCCUAUUCUUGAGCCGUUUGAGACGUUGAUUAUCGUGUUUUAAGUCGAUUUCACGCUAGGUUGUGCGUUUAUGUCAAAUUUCAGGGCUUAGCGUUGGCAUCGAGGCGAAGAAACGAGUUUCGGGUCGAAAGGAGCAUGUGAGGUUUGAAGUGUGCUGGAGAGCAGAAAUACCCGGCCAUGAGCAGAAAUAACCGGCUGGGUAUUAUUUGGCCAUGACCGGGGAUUUGACGCUUCGGGCGUCUUUGAGAAGGGGGCCCGGGCAGGAAACAGAAAUCCCCGGUCGGGGAUUCUUGGCCAUGACCGGGGAUUUCCCCUGUUACCCGAUGGUGCGUUUUGCACAUACCCAGUCGCCGCCCAAAAUACCCAACCGGGUAUUUAGGCCGGGGAUCGCGACAGACAGCUUCUUAAGGGAAAAGAAGGCAAAAAGUGAAGGGUUCCGAGUUUUAGAGAGACAGAGCGAUUCCUAGAGAGAGAAAGCGACGAACCAGAGUUCCCAAGUGCCCUAGCUUGAUCUUCAUCACCAUUGGAGCUCGGCUCACACUUGGAGAAGUGUCGAUUGACGACCAGGAGCAGAAACCCAUCCUUCACAACAUUAUUUCUGCAUCUGGGCUUGCUUUUGCUCCUCUCUCCAUGGAGUAACUCCCUCAUUCAUCUGGGUAUGGAGAACCCUAGAUUUAUAUGUUAGGUCUGAUUGUAUGAACAUAGUACAGAUUCUAUGAUUUGAUUAUAUUCAAUUGAGGU